CCCUGCCCCCGGAAACCUCUGCCCCUUAGUUCUCCUCGUAUUUUCGAUUGACUUCUCUGUUUUCACUUCUCCUCCCUCAUGCCCUUUUACCAUAAUUGGAAAUAUGAUCAGCGCCCCUGAUGUGGUGGCCUUUACCAAAGAGGAAGAAUACGAGGAAGAACCGUACAAUGAGCCGGCCCUGCCGGAGGAGUACUCCGUGCCCCUGUUCCCCUUUGCAAACCAGGGGACUAACCCGUGGUCCAAGCUGUCAGGGGCCAAAUUUUCUCGGGAUUUCAUUCUUAUCUCAGAGUUCUCUGAGCAGGUGGGACCCCAGCCCUUGCUGACCAUCCCCGAUGAUACCAAAGUUUUUGGCACUUUUGAUCUCAAUUACUUCUCUCUCCGGAUCAUGUCUGUGGAUUACCAGGCCUCCUUUGUGGGGCAUCCAUCUGGCUGUGCCUACCCCAAGCUGAAUUUUGUGGAAGACUCUAAGGUUGUACUGGGGGAUUCAAAGGAAGGGGCCUUUGCUUAUGUGCAUCAUCUCACCCUUUAUGAUCUGGAGGCCAGGGGUUUUGUGAGGCCAUUUUGCAUGGCAUAUAUUUCCACUGAUGAACAUAAAAUCAUGCAGCAGUUCCAAGAGCUCUCAGCUGAAUUCUCCAAGGCUUCAGAGUGCUUGAAGAAAGGCAAUAGAAAAGCUUUUGCAAAUGAACUUGAAAAGAAAUUGAAAGAUCUGGAUUACACUAGGACAGUGCUGCACACUGAAACAGAGAUCCAGAAAAAGGCCAGUGACAAAUGGUUUUACUCCUCUCAGGCCAUUGAGAAGGCCAAUGAGUUGGCCAGUGUGGAAAAAUCCAUUAUUGAGCACCAAGACCUAUUAAAGCAAAUCAGAUCUUAUCCUCACCGAAAACUGAAGGCAUCUGGUUGCUAUCCACGUGAGCCAGAGUGUGCCCAGGAUCAAUCAGCUGACCAGGCAUCCACUACCUCUAAACCUGAUGAGCCUGCUGAAAGAAAUCUUUAUAGGCGAAGAACCUCAUAUACCCCAAAGCUCAUCAAGGCAAAGUCUGCUAAAUGUUUUGACAAGAAGCUGAAAACCUUGGAAGAACUUUGUGACACUGACUUUUUCACCCAGACCCUGGCUCAGUUGAAUCAUAUUGAACACAUAUUUAGAGGAGAUCUGUGCUACCUUUUGACAAGCCAGAUUGACAGAGCUCUUUUGAAACAACAAUGUAUAACUAACUUCCUCUUUGAAGACUUGGUAACUUUGGAUGAUAAAGUAGUAGAGAAACAGGAUAAUACAUCCAUGGAGUACAGUCAGGACAAGCUACACUCCAGAUCUUUGGAAGACUGUCCAAUUCCUAAAGUGUUAAUUAAUGUGGGAUCUUUUAAGUCCAGUGUGGAGUCUGUACUUAUCAAGAUGGAGCAGGAAGUUGGAGAUGAAUUCAAAGAGUCUGAAGUGACAGAAUCUAGCAUUUAUGAUCACCAGGAGAACUUGGAUUACCUUGACAUGGAUAUGAAAGGAAGCAUCAGCAGCGGUGAAAGCAUUGAAGUUUUGGGCACCGAAAAGUCUACUUCUGUUCUGUCUAAAUCAGACAGUCAGGCAAGCUUGACUGUCCCAUUGAGCCCUCAGGUGGUCCGGAGCAAAGCAGUCAGCCGGAGGACUAUCAGUGAGGACAGCAUUGAGGUUCUUAGCACUUGUCCCUCAGAGGCCUUGAUCCCUGAUGACUUUAAGGCAAGCUACCCAAGUGCCAUUAAUGAAGAACCUUAUGUGGAAGAGCCAUAUGCAGAUGAUGACGAAGGAGCUAUUCACUUUAGUGCAAGUGUCGGCCAACAGGAUCUUGGCGAGACAGAGGGCAGUUCAGAAAAUACCUUAGCACAAACAGAUUCUGCUUGUUGUAUUGGAAAAGAGAGUUCAAGUCUCCUCAUACCAAAUUCUGACCAAACACAAAAGCACUGCGAUGAAGAUGGAGUGGUCAGUAUUCCCCCACAGCGUUAUAAGGAGAGGCAGCAGGGCGUUCAUGUGGAUUUCUUGGUGGAUGAUAUCAACUCUUCUUUCCAGGAGAACACAACAGAAGGCCUUUCUCCUUAUGACCUGGACCCAAGCUGUCUGAGAAGCAGCAGGGAUCUCAGUAAGAUCAGCCUUAGUGAAUAUGGAGACUCCACCAGCUACAUAAGCAGUGCAGCAUCUACCAGUUCAGACAGGACUCCUUCUCCUGCCCAUCACAUUGGCCUCUUCUCAGACAGGCAUAAAAAAAAGGCUGGGCAGAAUGCCUUAAAAUUCAUUAGGCAGUACCCUUUUGCACACCCUGCAAUUUAUUCUCUGCUUAGUGGGAGGACUCUUAUUGUGCUAGGGGAAGAUGAAGCAAUAGUGAAGAAGCUCGUAACAGCUCUCUCCAUCUUUGUUCCCAACUAUGGCAAAUAUGCCAAGCCUGUGAAACACUGGGUCUCUUCCCCUUUGCACAUAAUGGAUUUUCAGAAGUGGAAACUUAUUGGCUUACAGAGAGUGGUUUCUCCAGCUGGUGUCAACACCCUCCAUUCCCUGAACCGCUACAGCCGUUACACUAGCAUACUAGAUUUGGACAACAAAACAUUGAGGUGCCCGCUCUACCGAGGCACCUUAGUACCCCGCCUGGCAGAUCACCGAACCCAGAUCAAACGGGGGAGCACCUACUACAUGCAUGUGCAGUGUGUCCUGACCCAGCUGUGCUCUAAGGCCUUUCUCUAUGCUUUCUGUCAUCACCUACACUUGCCCAUCAAUGAGAAGGAGACUGAGCAGUCUGUGGUAGGCCGACAGGUGAACUUCUUGAAGCUGCAUCUGGGCCUGGUGAAUGAGGAUGUCAAAGUGGUGCAAUAUUUGGCUGAGCUGCUCAAGCUGCAAUACAUCCAAGAGCCUGUCAGGCCUAAUCACUCAAUGCUCAGGUUUGACUAUGUUCCCAGCUUUUUGUACAAAAUCUAGGCCUGUUCCCAGCUGUUUCCCAGAAACAUACAUGACUUACGGAGUCAGAGGGUGCCAUGGGGAUGACCAAACAUUUGCCUGAGCUUGACUUUGUAUUUCUGCUAUUCAUUGGAAAAGAAAAUUAGAUGGUGAAAAAUGUUAGUAGCAUCAGGGCUUCUCCAGCUGGGGAAAUGCAGGUGUCUAAGAGGUUCCUGACACUCAGGAAGCAAGUAUGGGAUAUUUUUCAUAGCCGAGCUUUUCUUGAGAAUAUUUAAGAGGGCAGUCAGCCACCAGUAAGUUCUUUGUUGUGUCAGUUGUUUGUUGUCAUCAGGCUCCUAGAUUCAAAAUAGCUCUUCAUCUUACGGCCGUGGGGGCAAGGGUCCUGUUAAAGUCAGAAUGCUCCUUGAUAUUGAAAAAACUCAUUGUAAGCUGUAUCAGGACUUCACAGCUCUAGGCAUCAUAGAAAACCCAAAAGGAACCCAGCCAAACCUUCAUCACAUCGAGGGGCAAAGUGAGCAGGAAAAUCAACUUAACUAUGGCAAAUAGAAACUUAAUCCAUUAAUUUGUACAUUAAUGUCUUCUCAUUAAGACCUCAGGUGAUUGGCAGUGGCCCUGUAAUUAUCUGACAUCACUGGAGCCUAUUGUAUUUAAAGGGGGUAUUUUAACUGUAGUCCCCAGAAACUGAUUGCUCCUUGACCCCUGAGAAGGGACGAGUGAAAGCCCAGCAGCUGCCGUUCUGAAGGCACCUACUGACUGGGCAGGUGGAGAAAAUGUCUCAAGCAGCCCCCGUGGAGUGAUGAGGAAAGUGUAGAACCUUCGGUUUCUCAUGCCCAGAGAGAGGUCCAUCUGUGCCUUGUCUGCCUGUUGCAUUAUUCAAUGUUAAGGGCUGGGAGGAGACUGAGGGGAGGUGUUCCCAGACUAUUUGAGCUUAGACAUGUACUGUGUCAGCAGAAAUGAUUGGAAGGCAGUGGUCUGAAGGAUUCCAGGACAACCAAGAACAAGGCAGAGGGCAUGGAAGGGGUGGGGCCAAAGUUACCAGUUUGACCAGUACCAUCAAGCCAGUGAUUGGCAAUUAACAUGGUUUUGUUCUACUGGCUUCUCUCUGAUCAGGAUCUAGUUUGCUGUCAUGGCAAAGCUUUGGGGAAGUAUUAAAACUGUGUGGAUCACUACUCAGCUCUAAAUCCUUUUAUCCAUCAAGCCUGCACAACUUCUUCACUGCCUCUCAGAGGAUGCGAUUUGCUAACUGGACUAAGGGCUCUGGUUCAUUUCAUUGAUUUGUGACUAGCAGUUUUCUUGUGUUCUAAAAUCCCCUAAAUUAAUUUUGACCAGAUUGAAGAAACAUUUGGAAAACUGGCUUAGAUUAGCCCAUCUUUUGAGGAUAGUGAUGACUUGGAGAGGAUAGUGCCCACCUCUUGACCUGUUUCUGUUCUCGUAGUGUCCUCCAUCUCCACAAGGGAUUUAUAGGUGAUUUUUUAAAGGUGGUGGGGAAGGUUGCAUUUAAUCUCACUAGACAUUACUCUUGGCUUUUAUCUUCACUCCCUCACACCUGCCACCAGAAUAUAGAGAUGUGUUUUCUUGCAACCUUGAAAUUUUAAAGGAUGUUUUCAAAGAGUGCUGUUCUUAUUUCCAGCCAUGAGAUUUUACUGUUUUUAAUUUAUUCCACAAAAAAUGUGAUUAUAGAUAUGAAGCAACCCCGAAUUCUGCACUCAAAUGUGGUGUUGCCAUUGAGCCAAUGUCAGUGGAGGAUUCUUAGGGGGUGUGUGUUUUCCUGCUUUUCAAGUUUGAUGUGGGUUCCUAGUGUCUUAACCCAGAAGUCUUUCUUUGAAGCCAGACCUCAUCCUGCUGCUGCCCCUGGGGCAGUUAGCUUUUCCCUUUCCAAGAAGGUUUGGUACCAUGUCCUGUAUACUGUGCUGUCUCCCAAAGAGAAUGACAAGAAGGAAUUUGUUUUUGUCUUGUUUUUCUCUCAUUCCCCUAGCUGUUCUGUAUAAGAAAGGGGAAGGACAGCCACCCCCUUUCCCUUCCCCUAUUUCCAGUGUAAUAUUGUUUGUCAAACUGAUAAAUUUGGGGACUUUUUCGUGAUGGAGCAGCUUGGAUUUCUUCAGGUUAUUUUCCCCCCCUUUCUUUCAUACCGCACAUUUCCAUAGCAAAAAACAUAGGCAAUCCUGAUGCCUUUGAAUUGUGAGGCAUAAAUCUUGCUCAUGACGUAGACCUACUUGGAAAGCCUUGCCACUCAAAUCUGUCCAAUGCUGGUGUAUCUAGGCUGGGUGGUCAAACAGUGCUUUUGCAUCCACGAAGGAGGCAGCAGUAGAGUUUCUCUUUAAAGGAAAAAAGUGAUGUAUCAUCUGAGCUGCCGUUGCCAUUUGAAUUUUAAGCUUUCCACUGCAGGACUCCCUUGAUGACAUAGGAAAGUGACAAAUAACUGCUUCAGCUAGAAAAUGGGUAAAAGCAACACUCUUUUGGUGUGUGGUGUAUCUAUCUGGCUUAAGUCACUUACUUUGGUGGUAUUUAAAUAGAGCAGUUGGGGGGGUAGGAGUGGAGAAAGGAGCUCUUUCCCAAUCUUGACCCCAGUAGCAUUUCAGAAAGUGUUACCAAAAUUGUGAACAGUAAACCAUGCCAGUGAAUAGGACAGAUUUUUUCCUAUAUGAAUCUGAGUGUAGCUCAUGACUCUAAAAGCCUGUCAAAAAAACUUAACAAAAGUCAUCGUUAAGGGUGGACUACGUUUUUGAGCCGUAUUCCAACUAGAAAAUAAUUUUGGGGAGUAUAAAUUCAAAAAUUAUUAUUCAGUAAAAGAAUUUCAUUUUCAACAAGUUUCAGAAAAAUUACCAAGAAUUGUUUACAGCUUUGGGCAUAGGUGUUUAACACUCCCACAAAAUGGAAUUUAUCUUAAAUGUACUCUAUGGUAAGACUUUUAUGUUCAGACUUUUUUUAUAUUUCAGAAAAUUGAAUCUAAUUAUUAGACACCUUGCUUUUUUAAUUGGGGGAGGGAUAUUAAAGUUAUAAAUACUCAGAUAAAAUGCUUCGGUUUUUUUUUCUUGUAAUCAGCACAAUAAAUAUCAUAGGAAACAUUUAAAAAGAAAACUCAAACUUAAGUAAUUAAUCACAUCCCAGAAACUAGGUAACAUUAGCCCCACUUUUUAAUCUUUUUUUCUUGUUGUUGCCAAGAUUUAUUUUCAGGUAACAGACACAGCUUUUGUCUUUAAGUUUGAGACUUAAAUCUUCAGUAUUUUCUGUUUUAUACCACCUUUUUUGGGGAAAACAACUAAGGUGAGAAUUAGGUAAUAUAAACCUGAUUAUCAGACUUGUUAAGGAUUUACAGGUACAUGUUUUAAAAUCCCUGUUUAGAAAAUUAAAACAAAAGGCAUGUAUAAAGCCAUGUUAAUCUCUUAUCUCCUGCUUCAUCGCUUCCCCAAACCAAGUGUUCCCCUCCUGGAGUUGGAGGGUUUUGUUUUUAACAUAAAUGUUACCAGGAAAACUUGGGUGGUUUCACAUAUUUCUCUUCAAGAUUUAUUAUACUCUCCAGUCAACCCAGCUGGAACGUGUAAUUUUCCAGGCAUACUUUUAAUUUGUAUUCAUGUAUGUGGACAUGGAAUAUAAUACAGUAUAAUUCAAACCUAAAUGAAUAACCUGAUCCCAUUUUAAGACUCUAGAGGGGGCCAACGGUUUUUAAUAUGCUUGCCAGAGCUGCUGAGAUUCUACUAAGUGUCUCUAAGCAAAAAUGAUUGCUUACUUUUGAACAGCCUGGUUUUUUUGUCGAUACCAAGAGCAUGUAUCCUCCCAGCGAACCCUCAGUGCUGCAUGUCAGGUCAUAGUCCCCAGUGUUACCUUUGUGGUGUUUGUCAGUGCAACAACGGGGCACACCUUCUCAGACUCAUUGAAUUCAUCAGAGCAGCCUUUGGAAGAAUGUCACCAAAAAGUUGAAGUCAAGUUGUUUUUCUCAAGUUUGCCUCCCUAAGAGUUUGGAAAGGAUGUCUUGAUUUAUGCUUUAAGUUGAACUGUUUUCUGGCUUUCCCCCGAUAUUGUGCUUUGUAUUAGGAAAUAAGAGAACUCAUUAGACAGGUAAAAAGAGGGAGGCAACAGGGUUUUUCCCUGCUCUUAAAUUGGGUAAUAAUGCAAUUGAAAUUUCCAACACCUUAAGCUGCCCCUAUCUCUGCUUUGAGAAGCUUGUGGUCUUGACUCGGUGAGCACUUUUAUGUUGUUAUGCUUCUGGUAAGGGAAGGCAGGAUAGUGAUAGGAAGUUAAAGGUCAGAGUUCAUGAGGCUGGGAAAAGGACAGGAAAACCUCUUGAGGCCAAGUAACCCGAACUACUGGGCCCAGGCCUACAGUCAACAGCUUGUUCUUUUACUCAAGUGAAAGAAAUGAACUCUUCCAAAGCGGCCGGGCAGACUGUCAACCCCAGCCCUACAAAGAAUAUGUUUGUCACCUUAGGGAGAGGGAGCAGUUUACUGUUGCUGUAUGUGUGUGUGCACUUUAGACCACCGUACACAAUUCACUACUGAUGCCAGAUCCCAGAUAGGAAGCAAAGAUGGGAAAACUGGUGAAUCAGUCAUCCACAGGGCGAUGGGCUGAUUUAUGUGAGAAGGCAGAAGCAAAGGGUACAAUCUCACCCCGACAAUUCAGACACUGAGGAGUUGGGAAUACUGAUUGGGUCGAGAUAAAUACUGCCUUUCAGGUUGCAGUGAGGAACAUAGGCUGUGAUGAAUUCUCACUUAUUUUAAAGAAAAACUAUUUUAUUAUUGCAUGUUCACUUGUUUGUAUCUGUGUGUGCAGACCACUGUGUAAGCGGUAGUUUAAACAAGUG